AUGGUUGACACAGGCAAUUACACACAAUAUGACUAUCCAGAAGACAAUUACAAAGGCAAUUACACAGAAUACUAUCCAGAAGAAGAAGAAGAAAACUCAUCAAAACUCAUCAUCUUCAAGAUAUGCCUUUAUGUUGUCAUCUUAGUCGUAGGUGUCAUUGGAAAUGGACUUGUCAUCUUUGUGACCGGCUACAAAAUGAAGACGACAGUCAACUCCAUUUGGUUUCUUAACUUGGCAAUUGCAGACUUCAUUUUUAUUAUGUUCUUGGUUUACAAAAUUGCUUUUGCCUUUGAUGAUGAAAUAUUUUGGGACUUCUCCAAACUCAUGAGGGCAUGUUUGAAUACUGUUUUUGUACUAAAUAUGCUUGCAAGUGUUUUCUUUCUGACAAUUAUCAGUGUGGAUCGAUGUCUGUGCACAUGGUUUAUUGUUUGGGCUCAGAACAAACGAACUUUAGUCAAAGCCAGAAUCAUCAGUGUAUUUGUGUGGAUUUUAGCCAUCUGCUGCAGCCUCCCUGGCUUUGUUGAGAAUUUACUUAACCACAGAAUUUAUAUCAAUAUCUAUAUGUCUCUGUUCACAUACAUAUUUGUUGUGGGAUUUGUAAUUCCCUUUAUAAUCAUUGCAUCUUCAUACAUAGCUAUUGGUGUGCGGAUAAAACGUCUCAAAAGAGGAAAUCACCUCCGGCCUUUUCGGGUCAUCAUAUCUGUGAUUCUGGCUUUUUUCAUAUGCUGCUUUCCUUUUCAUGGUCGCUAUUUAUGUUUAAUAAGUGCUGUGAAGUAUAACUGGAGUGACAGUGCUAUAGAGAAACUUAUUGCUGCAAAACCUUUUGUAGACUGUCUGGCUUAUUUUAACAGUUGUCUGAACCCCAUUCUCUAUGUGUUCAUGUGUGAUGAGUAUAAGAAGAAACUUAAAAAGUCUCUCCUGCUGGUGUUUGAGGGGGCUUUUACAGAAGAGCAUCUGGGUUUGAGGUCAACUUCACUUCACAAUUCGCAAUGUCAGCAGGUAUUAAGCGUACAGACAGAAGAAACAGGCAUCUGA